AUGUCCGAGAACGCAAACUCCAGCGCUUCGCAGCCAGGCACGGUCGCUGUCGACGCCGUCCCCGAGGGAGCGUUGGAAACAGACGCCCAUGCCGCCACCACCCCAAACACCCAAACUACAACAACCCAAACGCGCGCGUCGCCCAUGGCGGCUCCAACUUCAGCCCCAGCCUCCACAAACCCUAAUGAUCCCGAGCUCUUCGUCGAGAAACUGACGCGGCACUGGGCUCGAGGCGAAGUCAAGACCUUUCUCGAGGGCCACCUUGAAGGGUAUCGGAAGGCUCGGCAGCAGAGUAACACUCGGGCCCGUGACUAUCUCUCCCGCGUUAUCAACGAGUUUUUCGUGCUCGUCCCUUGGAGGAACAAAGUUUCGGAUCCGGUUCCAGCCAAGGAUGACCCCAUCCGGUCUCAACCUCCCGAACAGCUCACUGAAGCCGAAACAUUACAGAAGGCGCGGAAAGUAGCAGCUAUGGAGAAUUCCAUCGAACGAUGGCUCAAGGGUCGUAUCGAGUCAACCAGGAUCGCGGGAAGGCCCGGCAACAAGGAGAAUGAUGUCUGGACUCGCAUCGCCAAACAGCUCGCCGGGCUGUCUCCGUCUAAGCCGAAGAAACUAUCGGCUACUCAGCGCUGGUCCAAGGACCACUACGAGAAAGACGUCAAAUCCGACUUUGAGGCGCGGUGGGCCAUCGAAAAGGACCGACUCGGCGCCAAACACCACGCCCAGUUUCGAGAGACCGUAACGACGGAGCACUUCAAGAAGCUGUCAAAGGACGAGCAGGACCGAUGGGCGAAGAAAGCCACCGACGAUCACGACACGGAGCUCACCAAAUGGAAAGCGGCGCUCGAGGCGCCAACGGAUACGUCUCCCGAGGGCCGACAAAAGGCAAUCGACACUUUGUUGGACUUUACGGGUCCGUUCCUUGAGGCUAUCGCGGAAGCCACCGGAUGGAAUGCUUCAUUGAUCACGGGAGGGCCUGAGCCACGACGUUCGGGGCGAAUCAAUAUCAUUUCAACGCACAUGGGAAAAAACUUGGCGACGAAGCCUUUAAACUGGCGGACGUCGGACGAACAAAAGUGGAAAGUGGUCAAUAAAUUUUAUCUGGAUUAUUUGGAGACUUGUUACACUAAGGAAAUGAAGGAGAGUUGCGCUCUCCCAGACUCGCAAAACAAAACGGUCACGAAGGAGGUUUUGGACUCCCUCCUGACCUUACCCGAACACUCCGACGAGCAAGACCAGCAGGCUGAGCCUGGGGCGUCAAAAAUUGCGGCUGACGUCCCCUCGGUCCCUCAACGUGCACCAUCGUCAUCUCACCGCGAAUCCCCCUCGAAGCCAGCGCGCAACGCGUCCUCGAAGAUAGAUGACAAUGCCGCGCCCAAGAAAAGAAGGGAGGGCAAGAGCAAGGGAAAGCGCAAGGCAUUGCCCGCUAGCUCAGACAAGGAAUCCGAGGCGGCCGACACCUCGGAUACCGACAGCGACGCCCCAGCCGUUCAGAAGCUAUACAACACGCGCGGUCGCUCAAGCCUAACCGCCAACCACGAUGCACAUGCCUCUCACACUCCGGACGUUCAUACGGCAAGCGCUGCAGACGGCACCGAGAGGCCAGAUCCAGUCACGACAGACAUUCCAGAGCGCGCCAGCCAGUCUGAUUCCGUCGCGAUAUCUACGUCUCUUGCCCCAUCCAAGCCUGCAACGGUUGUGUCUUAUGACUCGCGACACACCAUUUAUAAUGGUUUUCCAGCUACUCGGGACGGUGUGGAGGGCGUCUCCUCCAUCAGGUUGUCCAAUGCCCACUUCCUCGACGACGCCCCCAAGUGGGCUACGCUGGCAUUUCAGUAUCUUCAAUCCCCUGACCCUCUGUCGCCCGCAGAUCGCAAGCUUGUCGGGAAGGGCUUGACGGGCGAGAUCACUGAUAUGCAAGGCUGGAGCCUUCCAACAACAUACACGACGCUCCUAGAACAAUACCUGGCACUCGAGAAGUCCUCCAGCUUCGUCGUCGCCAAGGGAUCGGGCGGCAUACUCGAUUCCCAGGGAAGGCCAGGGCAGAUUCAAUGGUGGAUUUCUCGUGGGCGCGCUCUCCACGUCCGCCCUGAAAUUGAGGACGUGGAGAAGUUCGCGAUAGCUUGGUGGGGGUGGUGGGCGCGUCUUCAACCGUCUUGGCGGCAGGUUUCCAUUCCAUCAGCAUCAGGCUCGCCGCCUGUUCCACGUCACGAUGACGGAGAAUGGCACUUCCUCGAUAAGCCGGGACCAAACGGAUUGCUUUCCGUUAUCGCCGCUCUCAAAUGGUGGGGAUCGGAGACCUCCGAAGCGGCAAAGGAUCAUCGCUGGCUAACAGCUGUGGAUGACGUUAUCUGGGUUAUGGAGCGUAUUGUUCGCUCGCGCAAGCAACACAAACGACCCGCCAACGAAGCCAUUGAAACGAAACAAGCGAAACGAUCCCGCCGCAGGUAG